GAGAGAGAGAGAGAGAGAGUGUGAAGCCAUUGAGGAAAAAAUAAAAAAGAAAAAGUGAUCUCACUAUCACCUCGGGUUCAGAGGCCAGCAGGACAAGCAAAUGGCACAGGAGAAAGUAGAAGUGAUAGAUCACUUUUGUGAUGGAAAUCUGAAGGUCACCGAUUUUGGACUCAGCGCGUUCACGAAUCAUCUCCGGCAGGACGGGCUCCUCCACACAACGUGUGGAACUCCGGCAUAUGUUGCGCCGGAGGUGAUCGGAAAACAGGGCUACGACGGGGCUAAGGCGGACAUUUGGUCCUGCGGCGUCAUAUUGUAUGUUUUGUUAGCUGGAUUCGUGCCUUUUCAGGAUGAUAAUAUUGUUGCGAUGUAUCGGAAGAUCUACAGGGGAGAUUUCAAGUGUCCGCCAUGGUUUUCGCCUGAAUCGAGGAGAUUGAUUACGAAACUGUUGGAUCCAAAUCCGAACACUCGAAUCAACAUCGCGAAGAUAAUGGAUUCGUCGUGGUUCAAGAAGACGAAUCCGAAAAUUGUGAGAUCUGAAGAGAUCACAAGUUUCGAGGACUCUGGAAAGGGGUUCGGUAAAUAAACAAUCUGAAGUAGCAGUCGUAGCUUCCCACUGCUUGGACUGGCUACCAAAUGGACAUCUUGUGGAGGGUCAGUGGUUGAGGCGGCGAUCGGCGGGCUGAAGAUGAGUCACGAAGAUGAGUCGAGGAGCAGCAGCUGGAGCGAAGGGAAGAAGAAGGGAGCGACAUUCGUGAUCGACUGUGCGAAGCCGGUGGAGGAUAAGAUCAUGGAGAUCGCAUCACUGGAAAAGUUCCUCCAGGAAAGAAUCAAGAUCGGCGGGUCAGAGGGAAGAGAGUUGGAAGAUGCAGGAAACUGAAGGUAUGUGUAGAGGUCCGGCGGGCGGCCAAGGCGAGGCUGCCGCCCGCCGGUGAAGCAGAAUUAUUCGAUUCUAAACCAGCUCUGAUACCAUGUA